AUGCCAUUAUCAGAGGACAAGGCAACUUUUCACGAAGAUGGCGCCGAGGCGAAGAAGGAAGCUCCUGCCCCUCCCCAAACGGAAGCCAAAGCAAAGGCUUUAAAAGCAAAGAAGGCCGCGCUGAAAGGCGUCCACAGUCCCCCCAAAAAGAUCCGCACGUCACCCACCUUCCUGUGGCCGAAGAUCCCGAGACUAAGAAGGCAGCCCAAAUACCCUGGGAAGAGCGCCCCCAGGAGAAAUAAGCUAAACCAUUAUGGCAUCAUCAAGUUCCCCUGGACCACAGGGUCUGCCAUGAAGAAAACCGAAGAUAACAACACACUUGUGUUCAUUAUGGAUGUCAAAGCCAACAAACAUCAGAUCAAACAGGCUGUGAAAAAGCUCUAUGACCUUGACAUAGCCAAGGUCAACACCUUGAUCAGGCCUGAAGGUGAGAAGAAGGCAUGUGUUCCACUGGCUCCUGACUAUGACGCGUUAGAUGUUGCCCACAAAAUUGGAAUCAUCUAA